AUGGCUGGAAGAGCUAGCCAGUCCCACAAAGACAGUUUCCAUGUGGGACAUUACACCGCCUGCUCCGACUCUGUUGCCGAUGCGAAGGAUGCCUUUGCCAGGAAUGUGGCCAGGAUGACCCAGCAGCUACUGCGGUAUCGCGAGCACGACUGGCGGCCGGUUCAGUACAGAGAUGCCUUGGCAGCAACAGCACCUGCUCGUCUCGAAGAGCCAGAAGCGGAGGAGCCCAAACCACGAUCUCGCAUGCUUGUGAGGAGGCCUGGCAGCUUGAGUGCUGAAGAGCGGAAGGUUGGGGCAAGUGCGCCAGACCCUCCCGUGAUGAGUGGUGCCGAACUGCUGCAAGAGCUGCUGAAGGAGUGCACACUGGGCAAACAGCAACUGUGUGGUGCGGGCAGCCCAGCUCCAAGCCGCAGCAGCUCUUCCUCCCGGCUGCCCGAACAAGCGUCUUCCGAGAGACACGCGGAGUCCAAGAAGGAGCUGGAGCUCCAGACCGAGCUGAACGAGAGCCGCCGGGCCUUGGAGAAGAUGGCGCACAUGCUGCACGACCGCGAGGAGCAGCUCCGGCUCGCGGAAAAACGCCUCCCCCCGGCUGUCCCAGCGGCAGCGGCUGGCUCCCCACCUCCGAAGCUGAGCCCUCGGAUGGCGGCCAAGGAGAGCAUCGAGCAGAUCGAGCAGUGCGUCCGAGAGCGCGCGAAGUGCGAGGUCCUGCGGGCCGAGCUGGCGGAGCGGGACGUGGAAAUCCAGCGCCUCCGGGCCUCCGAGCGGGCGACGGAACAGCGAGCCGCCGAAGAGCUGCGCUGUGCUCGCCUGGAGCUUGCAGAGACGCGGCGCCAGCAGGAGAUCCUGGGUCUGGAGAUCCAUGAGGCAGAGCUGCUUCGCCAGCGGCCCCGGCCACUGAUGGAGCUCCUCGGGCUCCCUCCGAAAGCCACGCCCGAGGCCAAGCGCGAGCGCCUUGGAGAGGCCGUGGCCACUUUGAAGCUACUGGUGGAGGAGCUGACAGCUGCAGACGCUCCAGAAAGGGAGGCAUGUUUCGAGGCCUUUUCAGGGAUGCCUCCCAUCCCAGAGGAGGACUCUCAGGGUUCUAUGAGCCCAUGCAGUCCAGACAAAGGCACAAUGCUGCCUUAG